AUGGAUGAUGCAGAGGAGGAGGAGGGUAUGAUGGGGGUGACUCCAGCGCGGACUGAUGGACUGUUCAUCGCACUAAACCAUAAGUCUCCCAGGAGCUAUGCCCUGCGCUUCUCCUUCUCCGCAAUAGGGGUCCGCACGGGUCGAUGGAAGUUACAGAAUGAGUGGAUGCUCCUGGGACAGAGGGAAGGUGUGAAUGAAGGCAAGCAGAAGGAGCAGGGAGGACCGAAGGAAGAGCACUACUUCUACCCUGACCACAGCCCAUCACUCCACCCCUGCAUGGUUCUGCCUCCUCCAAAACUGCCCGUGGCCCUCACCCAAAGCACGGGAUCCCUGCUUGCCGACUGA